UCUCUCUCUCACCAAGAAAGAGACGUAAAAAGGUAGAAGUAUAGUUUUUAUUUUGAGGGAGGGGGACUCAUAUUAGCCCUGCCUUCUGCACGUGCUCAGCUCUGCACAACUGUGUUCCUUGAUGGAGAGGAUGCAGGGAAAGGGAGAGGGGGACCACCUGGAGCAACCAAGCCCGCUGACUGACAAGGAGAGGGUGAUGAUCCAGGACUCCUGGGCAAAAGUCUACCAGAAGUGUGAUGAUGCUGGGGUGGCCAUACUAGUCAGGCUGUUUGUGAACUUCCCCUCAUCCAAGCAGUACUUCAGCCAGUUCAAGCACAUUGAACAGCCGGAGGAGCUGGAGCGGAGUGCCCAGCUUAGGAAGCAUGCACACAGAGUCAUGAAUGCCAUCAACACGCUGGUUGAGAGCCUUGACAACUCAGAGAAGGUGGCUUCAGUGUUGAAGCUGGUCGGCAAGGCCCACGCACUCAAACAUAAGGUGGAGCCUGUGUACUUCAAGAUCCUGAGUGGUGUAAUAUUGGAAGUCCUGGGAGAAGAGUUUCCAGAGGUCGUGACACCAGAGGUGGCUGCAGCAUGGACCAAACUCUUGGCUACCAUCUACUGUAGUAUCACAGCCAUCUAUGAGGAGGUGGGCUGGACAAAGCUCUCAACCUCAACUGGAUGAAGCUUUUAGUCUGUGUUUACUGGACAAUGCAUACCCAGUGAAUUCUAAUUGUUGGUCCACAGCCUCAUAAGAAAAUGAUCAAUUGGCCUUUGAAGGGAAGCAAUGUAUCUUUACAGAAAUCACACAAUCACAGAAAUAAUAUGGGGAAAACAUUUUAAUGUAAUCUACUGUAAGAUAAUUGUUGGGCUAUGGAACAUACACUAUAAGAACAGGUAGGCUACUCUGCUCUUUCCGUGGCUAGCUGUGUGUGUAAGUGUGCUCAUGGAUUGGAGGACAAAACAGAAAGUAAAAAACUGUAAGCUCUCCACUAUGUUGUUGUACUAUUAUAAAGGACCAAAUCAA